GGCUCUGGGCGGCAGUCCCUGGGAGGUGCUGGGCGUCUCGCCUGGAGCGAGUCAGGCAGAGAUCAAACGAGCAUACCGUCGAAAAGCCUUGAAAGAACAUCCGGACGUCAGCAAGCUACCCGAUGCAAAGCAGCGGUGGCAGGAACUCUCGGCUGCCUACGACGCCCUUAGUGAUCCUGAGAAGCUGCGGGCUUGGGAGCGCGCGAAACGCGGUGCAGAAAACCAAGCGAGAAGAGGAGCCGCGGGUCGAGGGUCCCAAGGCCGCUGGCAGCGCACACAAGCCAUGGAGGAGGAGUAUGACACUGGUGGAGACUCCUUCAGUGCCAUAUUCAGCGACUUUUUCCAGAGCGUGGCAGAUUCGACAGCGGAUGGCAGCCGGGUGGGACGAGUCUCCCGGGCUGGAGGCAUGCUGCUGGAGGAUCUGCUGGAGUUCCUGGAGAAAGGCCUGGGCGAGGAUGGAGCUGCGCCGUCGCGCCGUGGCAAUCCAUUCUACGCGGACCCAGAGAAAGAGCUCCAAGAGGCCCAGCUCGAGCUCCUGGGCCAACAAAUCCUGCGGCUGCAAGAUUCCCUUGCGGAAGACCACUGUGACAAAUAG